AUGGCGAUGCGCAUAUCUGUGACCUCUAUGGUUUGGGCUGGGUUAGCUUCCAGCCAGUUCAACACUGUAGACGUGAGCAUCAACGCUGAUGAGAUUACGACUGGAACUCCCCUCGACGGCUUCGUCAGCUACUCGAUCGAGUUCUCUUCCUUUCCAGAUUUUUCAGGCAAUCCAGAAAAUCCAAACAAAUUCUCAAAUGCUCUCAUCAACAACAUUGGAUAUUUACAAGGAUCUAACCCGUAUAUACGGGUUGGAGGCAAUACCCAAGACUACGCGGUUUAUGAUGAGAAUGAGACACUCCCCCUGAGGGGAAUAGUGAAUGCCACAAGAUCUGCAGACUAUCCUACCACGAUCACGAUAGGGCCAAGCUACUUCGACUCCUACCUCACCUGGCCGAAGGUCAAAUUUGCGCAUGGCUUUAAUCUAGGUGGAAAUAAUGACCCCAGAGCCCACACUACCCUAAAUCAAACGGUUCCUCUUGCUUGCAAAGUGCUGUCUAACGGCAAUCUAUAUUUGUGGGAGUAUGGCAAUGAGCCAGAUUUGUUUGCCACGAGUUCUCAGGGACCAGUAAGACCUGCCAACUACAACGAAUCCGACUAUGUUGCCGAGUGGCUCGAAGGUACGCGUACAAUCGGAGAGCUCUUGGCGCAGAAUUGCCCGGAGUCGCUCGGCAAUGAUACAUAUGGAUACUUGGCGCCGUCCUUCGCCGGAACGAACAAUCAUCUGAAAGCCUCAAGGACAUGGUCUGAUGGAUUAAAUGCAGGCAACAACAUCAGAUACUUCUCGUCACACAAUUAUAUCAGCGGCGCCACGUCACCUGGCGUAACGCUCCAAGGAACUCUUAUGAACCACACCCGUAUCAAGCAAAGUGUAGAUGCCCACGUCUCGGAAUACAAGGCCAUCAACCCCGGUAUUCCGCACAUAUUUGGUGAGACCAACUCGCUGUACAACCAGGGCCGGCCGGGUUUGUCCAACACUUUCGGCGCCGCGCUAUGGGGCGUCGAUUUCCUGCUGUACUCGGCCUCCGUCAACAUUCAGCGGGUGCACUUGCACAUGGGCACCAACUACCGCUACCAGUCCUGGCAACCCGUCACAACCAAUAUCACCAGCAUCGGGACUAAGGCGCCGUACUACGGCAACAUUGCCGUGGCGGCGUUCCUGGGGAACUUGAACGUCGCGCCCGUGCAGGUCGCGGAGCUCGACACGGGUGGCGGGGACCACGAGGCGGCGUAUCUGGCGUACGUGGACAAUGUGCUCCGGAGGAUUAUAUUCAUCAACAUGAACGAGUACAACUACACUCUAAACGGCACCGGACCGGGUCUUAAUCCCGAUGCAAGGACAGUUCGGACGUAUAGCUUGAAUGUGGGGAAUUUGACGGGCGAGGCGACCGUCCAGAGGCUGCAGGCGAACGGUAGCGAUGCGAUCACGGGUGUCACCUGGGAUGGUUGGAGCUACAAUUAUGAGCUGAAAGAAGGGCGGCCGGUGAGGUUGGGCAAUGUGACGGUUGGUGAAAGGGUCAAUAUCACCAACGGAUUAGUUGAGGUCGGUGUGGCGGAUAGCCAGGCUGUUAUUGUGCAGCUUGAUGUUUAA